AUGGGCCUGUUCAACAAGAAGAAGCCCAGCGCUGAGGCGACUGCGGCCGCUCAGGAGGAGGCGCCCGAGUUCGAAAGGGUCCAAUGGACCAAGGACCCCGGUCUCCGGAAGCUUUACUUCUACGCCUUCGUGCUUUGCGUUGCUUCCGCGACCACCGGUUACGAUGGCAUGUUCUUCGGUUCCGUCCAGAACUUCGACACCUGGAACCACUACUUCGGCACCCCCAAGGGCUCGACUCUUGGUCUCCUUGGUGCCCUGUACCAGAUUGGUAGCUUGGUGUCCAUCCCCUUCGUUCCCUUCUUCGCCGAUCGCUUUGGCCGCAAGUGGCCCAUCGCUGCUGGCUGUGUCCUGAUGGUCGUCGGUGCUGUCCUCCAGGCGGCGUGCCAGAACCUGGGCACCUUCAUGGGUGGCCGUUUCCUCCUCGGUUUCGGCAACUCGUUCGCGCAGAUCUGCUCGCCCAUGCUUCUCACCGAGAUUGCCCACCCCCAGCACCGUGGCCGUCUCACGACCAUCUACAACUGCCUGUGGAACGUCGGUGCCCUGAUCGUGGCGUGGAUCUCCUUCGGCACUGACUACAUCCCGACCGACUGGUCAUGGCGUAUCCCCGCCCUGCUCCAGGCCAUCCCCUCCGUGGUCCAGCUCCUCUUCGUCUACUGGGUGCCUGAGUCGCCCCGUUUCUUGAUGGCCAAGGACAAGCACGACCGUGCCCUCGAGAUCCUCGCGCGCUACCACGCCAACGGCGACGUCAACCACCCGACCGUCCAGUUCGAGUACCGCGAGAUCAAGGAGACCAUCCGCCUUGAGUUCGAGGCCUCCAAGUCCAGCAGCUACCUCGACUUCUUCCGCACCAAGGGCAACCGUUACCGGUUCGCCGUCCUCAUUUCGCUCGGUAUCUUCUCGCAGUGGUCCGGUAACGCCAUUAUCUCCAACUACUCGAGCGCCCUGUACGACAGCGCCGGCAUCAAGGGCUCGACCCAGAAGCUCGGUCUCUCCGCCGGCCAAACCUGCCUGGCCCUCGUGGUCUCCGUCUCCAUGGCCCUGCUCGUCGACAAGGUCGGCCGUCGCCCGACCUUCCUGGCCUCGACCACCGGCAUGUUCUGCACCUUCAUCUUCUGGACUCUGACCUCCGGCCUGUACGAUGAGCACGGCUCCGCCGGUGCCAACUACGCCAUGAUCUUCUUCAUCUGGGUGUUCGGUAUCUUCUACUCCACCGCCUGGUCCGGUCUCCUCGUUGGCUACGCCAUCGAAAUCCUGCCGUACAAGCUCCGUGCCAAGGGUCUCAUGAUCAUGAACUUGACCGUCCAGGCUGCCCUGACCCUCAACACCUACGCCAACCCCUUGGCCUUCGACUACUUCACCGGCCACACCUGGAAGCUGUACCUCAUCUACACCUGCUGGAUCUUCCUCGAACUCAGCUUCGUGUGGAAGAUGUACAUCGAGACCAAGGGCCCCACCCUCGAGGAGCUUGCCAAGAUCAUCGACGGCGAGGAGGCCGCUGUCGCCCACGUCGACAUCCACCAGGUCGAGAAGGAGACUCACAUCAACGAGGAGAAGUCCGUCUAA